AUGGGAAGUAUUCCUCAGACGGACUGGAUCUGUCUCUACAAACAGUUACUACGGUCUGCUUCACAGUUUCCGCAAUAUAAUUAUCGAGAGUUUUUCAAACGAAGAAUACGCGACCAUUUCAAGGCAGCUGUGAAAAACAACGAUAUUUCAGAAACCGAAUUUCACGUGAAGUGUCAAGAGCUGCUACAGGUAAUUCGUCGUCAGUCCACUUUAUAUCAGAGUUAUCCUAUUUCGAAACUUGUAGUAGAAGGAAAAAGUGGUGGUAAAGAAUCUUCUUGGUGA